GCUUCUCACUCCUUCACAGUCUGACAUUUAUCAUUCCUUCUCUUCGUAGUCAGCGACAAGCUCAGCGGCUUUCCAAAUCGGAUCGCUGCUUGCGCGGCGCUGUCUAGCUGGCUCUUCCUUCCGAGAUGUCUCCCACGUUGGAUUCGACAAAUGUUCAUGGUUAUGGUCAGCGCUAGCCUUGGGUAGCUUCGCUUCGACGGCAGAUAGGCGACCGACACAUGUCAUGGCUGAGCUUCCUCUGGCCUUGCAUUGUCCACCAACAACAGCAGCUUCACAGAGGUCUCCUGGACGUAGGCCUGCGGCAGCCGCACCCAGCCUCAUCCGGUAGGUAGGUAAUGUUCGCUGGCAAGGCAUUCACAGCCUCUGUGGCCGUGGUAUGGCUGGCUUCCAAUUCCAAAUUGCGGUUGAUGAAGCUCGCUCACUGCUUAGACGCAGUAAGCAUAAGCGAAUCUUGCUUCGCCGCAUCUCCGGGUCUAGAUCCAAUCUUGCCCGUCCCGUUCAGCCAUGGAAGCAUGGUUAUCAAAUUCUAUAAAAUGAUGUUGCCCAUCUCCUUCAGAAACAGACAGUCCAUCAUUCAUUCCAGCACCAAAACACCAGAAAACAAUUCAAAUAUUCUUUUCCUUUUCUUCUUUCUUUCCUAUUGUUGUCGCACGCUCUUUAGCGAACAUUGAACAGUAUUCACAGCGUACUAAUUCAGUCAAUCCCUGCCCAUCACUCAUAAUAUCAAAUCAAGCCAACCACAGCCAAUAAGUCAACCAGACAAACAAACCAAACAUCAAUAAUGCAUUCCAAGAUGUCAAUCCUUGUCGCUGCCUUUCUUGCAGCCGCAGCCUACGCCUCUCCGAUGGGCGGCACCGGCAGUGGCAGUCCAGCUUCCUCGUCCUACAGCAACGGCAAUGCCCCGUACCCAACCACCACCACCAGCAGCGGUAGCGGCUCCUACUCCAUGACCACCAGCUACGGUGAACCUUCGGGCGGCUAUUACACCAGCGCGUCCAACUCGAGCGCUCACCAGACCAGCAGCUAUGGGUCCGGAUAUGGAUCCUCCACAAUCCUCGGCGUCGCAACCGCAUCUCCCAACCCAUCCCCCGUCCCCGGGCUCGUGGGCAAACUCCUAACGGACGACACGACCGUCGACCGAUUCGCCGACAUCCAAUCCCAACUGGACGCGGGGCUAAUCAGCCUCAAAUUCGACUUCAACCCAGCGGCCAACCCGGGCGUCAAAGCCGGCGACGGCGGCCAAGUCGACCUCGCCAACCGCAAGAAUUUCCCUUUGCUCACCGGCCAAGGAAUCUCCGCCGCAGGAAUCUUCUUCCAACCGUGCGGGUUGAACACUCCACACAUUCACCCUCGCGCAACUGAGUUUUUGACCUUGGUCACCGAUACAAACAUGCUCACUGGUUUCGUGUUGGAAAACAACUUGUCCACCGAGUUCAAUACCACGCUCACCCAGUUUCAAGGCACCGUGUUCCCCAUGGGUUCGAUUCAUUUCCAGCAGAACCUCGAUUGUGAGCCUGCGGUGGCCAUUGCGGGUCUUAACUCCGAUGAUCCGGGUGCGAGUUCGAUUGCCCAGAAUUUCAUUAUCAAUUUGGAUCCGGAUGUGGUUGAUGCCACGCUGGGGUUUCCUAAGCAGAUCGAUGCGAAUAACUUUGCUCAGUUUAAGGAGCAUAUCCCGCUGUCGUUGGCGAAGGGAGUCGAGGAGUGCUUUAAUCGGUGCCAUAUGUCUUAUUAGACUGCCAUGAGUCUGAUUAGAACAUGCGGCGCAACGCAGCGGCCGGCGGAGCGGAACUGAGCGGGUGCGUGGAUGUGGAUGGGUCGCUCAUCACUGAUCACGGAGAAAAGUCCCAACCCCGCGUUUUGAUUUUGUCUGUGUUGAUGUCGUCGACGAGCGGGAUCCUUGCGUUCGCAUGGUUUCCGGGAGCAUCAAAAAUGGGAAGGGAACCGAAGGUCAUACGGUACGGACGGUUGGUUGUGCAUCUAUUUGAUUCAUGGCGCACGAGGAGGUGGCAUCCGUUAACGUCGUUCCGUUGCAUUGGGUGUUUGGUACUGGGUACUGUCGUUUCUGGUUUUGGCUGCUUGGUUUGGUUCUACAUACAUAUUAUAUAUUAACACACUCGUUUUCCAACUCUACAUGAUCAGAAUAUGAAUAAGAACGCGAGAGGAGGUCGAGGUAGAAAACACUGGCAUUCAUUAGCGUUGUUUGGUUUGAUCGCUUUGGGUACCGGUACCGGUACUGAUACUGUCGUUCCUCGUUUUGGCCGCUUGGUCUGGCAUGGUUUAUAUAUAAAACACCACACACUCGUUUUCCAACUCUACA